AUGAACAAUAGCAAAAAAUUGGUAUUGAUGUCAGGAAAUGUUGUCAAAGAUGAGUUGUACAAAUUUGGCAUGAGAUGUAAUCAAGAGCAUCUCAUUAAUAUUAAUGAAAAGGUCUUUAAUAAAACUGAGUUCAAGGAAAUUUGCACCUAUGAACAGAAAUUAUUUCCAGACACACCUCAAGAUCUACUGACAUAUCUCAGUAAAUACAAAGCU